CAGUUUCCUGUUCUUAAGAAAAAACCGCCCCCCCCACACACACACUCUCUCUCUAAAUCUCUCUCAUAGCGAUUCCGGUGAGAAUGUCGCCGUAAUUACAUUUCCGGCGGAUAUUCCGGCGGUAUAAUACCUGAGAUUGGAUCGAGAGUUUAUUUCCUCCGGCAAUGGAAGCAUCACCACACCGGUUUUGCUCUCCGGCGACGCUGAUUCCCCGCCGGCAGAAAUAAGUGGCAGAUUUUCCGGUGAGAUCCUCUAAGGUUUCGGGACCCGGUUUGGAUCCGAAUCACUAUCUUAAUUCCAUUUGUUUUGGUGUAUUUUAUUUUUUCUGCUUCACGAAUAUGCUUUGUAGUUAAUGUUCUUUGGUUUGUGGGGAAAUAUUUUUGAAAAUAUUUGGAAAGUUUGAAGCUUUAAUGGAAAAAACAGCUAAAAAAUGAGUAAAGUUUGAAUCUUUACUGGAAGUUUGGGUUUUUAUUGAUUAUUGAAUAGGUGGAAUUUCAAUAACUUUGAUUAGAGGUGCUAGUUUUGAGAUAAAAAUAAGACUUUUUUGAGGGGCAAUAUUGUAAUUGCUGCUUUGUUUGAAUGGAUAGUUAAGAAACAAGGUGGAGGUCUUUUCCAAGAUGGGUUGUUUUUUUUUUGGGCUAAAGUGAGAAAAUGAUGUUUUGAUGGAAAAGAUUGGAAUUUUUGACCUUUUCACAUAUACUUUUGUGAGUUUUGUGAAGUUUGAUUGCUAGGGGAACUCUGGCUGGUGUAUUGAUAACAUGGCUUCUGAAACCCACAAGUCAAAGAAAGUGUUCUGUUGUAACAAUAAGGUUAAUAAGUCUUCUCAUGAUUAUUUGUUUGGGAAGGAAGAUGAAGAGGAGAGGAGAAUGAGGUUAGAAGAAGAAGUUGAUGAUGGUCAUUGCAAGUUUGGAUCAAGUGAUUCACUUCUUCCGGGCCUACAUGAUGAUGUUGCUUUAACAUGUCUCGCUUGGGCUUCUAGAUCGGAUUAUGCAUCGUUGUCGUGCCUGAAUGGAAGGUUUAAUUCACUAAUCAAGAGUGGUUAUUUAUAUGACUUGCGAAGGCGGUUAGGUGUUGUUGAACACUGGGUGUAUAUGGUUUGUGAUCCUCGGGAUUGGGAGGCUUUUGAUCCUUUCAGAGAGAAAUGGUUGAGAUUGCCAAAAAUUCCAUGUGAUGAUUGUUUUAAUUUUGCAGAUAAGGAGUCAUUAGCAGUUGGAAGUGAACUGCUGGUUUUUGGCCGCGAGUUGUUUGAUUUUGCUAUAUGGAAAUAUAGUUUGGUUCAAAACAACUGGGCGAAAUGUGAAGGAAUGAAGCAUCGUCGUUGUCUAUUUGGAUCAGGUAGUCUUGGUUCGAUUGCUAUUAUUGCAGGGGGUAGUGACAAGAAUGGAAAUGUACUAAAAUCUGCCGAGCUUUAUGAUUCCUUGACCGGUAGAUGGGAAAUACUGCCAAACAUGCACUCUCCCCGUAGAUCGUGCUCUGGCUUUUUCAUGGAUGGAAAAUUCUAUGUGAUCGGUGGGAUGACUAGCUCUACUGAUUCUUUAACUUGUGGGGAAGAAUUUGAUAUACAAACAAGGAAGUGGAGGAAAAUUGAGGGCAUGUAUCCAAAUGUCAAUAGAGCUGCUCAGGCACCUCCUCUUGUUGCAGUUGUUAAUAACCAACUAUAUGCAGUUGAAUAUCUAACCAACAUGGUAAAAAAGUAUGACAAGAAGAAAAACUCAUGGGAAGUGUUGGGAAGACUUCCUGUGAGGGCUGAUUCUUCAAAUGGUUGGGGUCUUGCUUUCAAAGCACGUGGUGAAGAACUUCUGGUGGUGGGCGGUCACAGGGGCCCAGAAGGUGAAUCUAUCGUAUUGAGUUCUUGGGCACCAAAAUCAGGGUUUAAGGACGGCACCUUGGAUUGGAAGGUCAUCGGUCUGAAAGAGCAUUCUGGGGUCUUUGUAUACAAUUGUGCUGUGAUGGGUUGUUGAGAAGUUGAGUCAACCAAAUGAAGAGAAGUCACUCUUUUCAACCGUUGUUUUUAGCUUAAUUCCAACACAUUGUUUGAUUUAUUAGCUUUUUUUUUUCAUUAUCCAAUUUAACAUAUUUCUGGUGUUUGAGAUAAGCAAUUGUUCUAGCCAAACAUCCUCAAACUGGAUGGUUAUCUCACUCACUCAUUCUGCAGACUGCUUGCUUCCAAGUGUUCUUAGUUUUCACCUUGUUCAUUGAGUUAUAUGGCUGAUUCACUGAUCUAAAGGAUACUAAAUAAUGGAUAUUUUUCUUCUUAUGUUUGAAUUUUC